AUGGCCAGCCUGGUGGCCGCCUGCCAACUGGACACAGCCCUGCGCGCCGCCCGCGCGGUGAUCUCCUGCGAGGCGGAGCUGGACGCGGAGCUGAGGCUGCGGAAGGUGUCUGCGAAGCUUGCGGAUUUGUUCCAAGCCAGCGCGGCCCAGCUGGAGGGCACCGCCUUUCUGGAGCUCCUGGAGGAGGACGACCAUGAACGCUUUAAGGCCGGCCUCAAGUUGGCCAGCGAUUUGGCCCAGCAGCAUGGAGAACCCACGUCCUCCAACGUCAAUGUCUCCAAGCGGAGCGGUCCACACAAGGAUCUCGAGCUCUGUGUCUGCAGCUUGCCUCGCAGGCAAGGCACUCGAUACCUCUUAGCGCUCGCAGAGGUGCGAGAUGGUGACCCAGUGGACCACCCCGAGGAGGGCCUUGAAGGACUUGGCGAGCCUUCAGCUCACUUGGUGGCACCGCGCCUGACGGCGCAGGCGCUUGCCACGCACUCCUGGGCCACGCCAGCGAUACCAAACUGCAGCAGUGUGUGGGAGGUGAAGGUGCUUUUGGACGAGCAGAGUCUGGAAGUGCACGGCCUACACAUCGCAUUGAACACCAACCAUUGGAAGAGGAGUCGGAAGACCUUCCUCAAGGAGUGUAUCCUGCCUGGGGUUUGGGAUAAUUUCAAGCGGUGGAUUGAUCACACCCUCCAGGGCCGGCCAGGCCCCGCACCCUUCAUUGUGCCCUUUGCCCUGCACCGGAUCAUGAGUGGCAUCGCCUGCGCUCGCAAUGUGGAGCUGAAGAGAAAGGUUGGCUCCACCGGCCGGAACGAGCUGAGCCUGCGCCUGCGGCACAUUUUCGUGCGAAGGCCUGUGGCAGCGUGCCACAAGGCGGGCUCGGAGAGAAGCCGAGACACGCUGUGA